CGCGGGACAGGAGCGAGCGGCCCGGCCCCUGUGCGGCCCGGCCGAGCCCGGGGCGGGGCGGCGGGGAAGGGAAGGGAAGAGAAGGGAAGGGAGAGGGCGGACUACAGCUCCCGCCGGCCCCGCGGCAGGGCGGCGCACAGCGGCGCUACCUGUCCCGGCCGGGCAGGUGAGCGCCUGGGACCGGGCUCCUUCCUCGGGCCUGCGGCUCCUCCUUCUCCCCCGCCUGGCCGCAGGCCCGCCCGGCAGCCGCGAUGCCGUUCCCCAGCUCCGGCGCGGACGAUGCCUUCGACUACCUCUUCAAGAUCAUCCUGAUCGGCGACUCCAACGUGGGGAAGACGUGCGUGGUGCACCGCUUCAAGACAGGGCAGUUCAACGAGAAGCAGCAGAACACCAUCGGCGUCGACUUCACCGUGCGCUCGAUGGACAUCGACGGCAAGAAAGUAAAGAUCCAAGUGUGGGACACAGCCGGUCAAGAGCGCUUCCGGACAAUAACCCAGUCUUAUUACAGGAGUGCCCAUGGGGCCAUCCUUGCCUAUGACCUUACUAGGAGGUCCACAUUUGAAUCCAUUCCUCACUGGAUUCAUGAAAUUGAAAAGUAUGGUGCUGCAAACUUGGUCAUGAUGUUAAUUGGGAACAAAUCGGAUUCACUGGACAAGCGCCAAGUGCUGUUUGAAGACGCCUGCACCCUGGCAGAGAAGCACGGGCUCUUAGCUGUGCUGGAAACAUCAGCAAAAGAAGCUCAAAACAUAGAAGAGGUGUUCACGUUAAUGGCUAAGGAGCUGAUAGCCCGAAAUACCUUACAGCUUCAUGGGGAGAACCCUCCAAACAGCUUCAGUCUUGACUCCAGGCCAGUGAUUGCCAGUCCAAGUGUGGAGAAGACCCAGUGCUCCUGUUGAAGAGAGACUUCAGGGAGAACUUGAAAACUGACAUACUUCUGAGGCUGUUUAAUUCAAUUUUGUUCAGUUAUUGAAAGUGUUUUGUGUGGCCUCAAGCCAUCUCUCUUGAUAUUUCUACCUUGCAGUUUGCCUUGUGAGUAUUUUCAGAGAUCAUUGUUGUUGUUGAUAGCAUAGGUUGCUUUGAACAUAGCAAUGUGAACUUCUGAGAUGAGAGGACUCAGGAAGCUGCCAGGCCUUGCCCUAACCAAAGAGAACUAUAAAAGUUAUUGCCUUUAAUUAUUUCCUUACAUGUCUUUCUGGCUGUGUCAGAAGAUCAAUUUGCACCAGAGUUCUGCACUGACCCUUCUAAGCUGUGUUGUUGGUUUUUAGCACUUUCCUCUCUGCCAGUAGCUGUAAAAACUCUGACACAUGCUUGGACAGCACUAACCCACUCCUGCCUAAACUGUCAUUUUGGAGCUCUCCUGAGGUCAGGCAGGUAGCCACCCAUCCCAAUCAUAACAUUUGUGAAAGAGUAGAGGAUUUCACAUCUGCCCUGAGUUCCUCACCCGAGGAACCUCUCCUUCAUCCCUGGAGACAUCUCAGGGGUGGCGCAGCAGGCAGAAUAUGAUACACUUCUUCCUGGGGUGAGAGAAGUUGCCUUUCGAUUUGCUUUGUGAUAGUCAGGAUUGUUUCCAGUACUGUUCUCCAUCCUGCUACAUGGACUUGCAGGAGGCAGCAAAGCUUCCAGUGAAAGGACCUUUUUUUCAUUCCUCCCUGCUAACCUCGUCUUGCUUUUGAUGUGCUGAUUUUAACCAAAAGCCUUCUGUAGCUUGUGUGAUGGGCCAGUGGCAGCUUGAGAGUAUCCCUGUAGAUGUUCAAGGGAGCGUGAAGGAUGAAUGCAAGCUCCUGUAAAACUCAGCAAGGGAUGAGAUGGUUUAAAUUAGGUAAAAAGUUAAAAAUUUACCUUGUGUUAGAGUGGUAAGGUAACGGUAUGGGGUGCACCAGAGAGCUGCCCUAGAUGAGUAUAUCUGCUGCUGCUGUGGAAACUGAACGUGGUGGUAGCAAUGGAAGGUUUUGGAUUGCUCCUCCCAAUUGCAAGCUCUGCUCCUUGGGGCUCACUUUUCUGUAUACCUGCACUGAAUGAAGGGUUUGGGCAGGGUUUUUUUGGUGAGGGUUUUGAGGUUGUUUUUUUUCCCAGUAGAUGGAAACAGGGGAGGAAGAGAAGGAAAGAAAUAUCAGAGGAAGUGUUUUUUGACUGCAGUCCGCACGUACCAAAGUGUAUCACUUAGUUACUGUUAAGCUAUGAACUGCAACUCCAACUCUGUAAUGAUAAAACACAGUUUGUGUUACAUGCAAAUCAGCCUUGGGAAGGCUAGGGUGUUGCCAGCUUACUCAAUGGCUUGCUGCCCUGUUUCCUAAGUCCUUGAAAAAUAGGGAAAAACAGGUAGCAAGUAUUGCUGGAAAAUCUUGUUUUAGAAGCACAAAGAAAAUAAAGGAGAAUGAAUAAUUAAGUGAUAGUCUUGGAAAUAUUUCUAAUGUUCUUAAUGCUUCCUCUGGCCAGGUUCUUUGCUAUUACAUGCAAAGAGCAGGGGUUAAUUCAGCUCUGUGUAAGCUGAGGGAGGAGCCUUCCAUGCAACCCUCUUGCUAUAGGCCUGCUGUGGAGAAAGCUUCAUUUUCAGGCAUCUUCCUUCUCAUGUUUGCUUUUUAAAUCUUUACUCCUUCUUCAUUUUUACUAGCCUAGUAGUUGCAUUUUGGUUUGCACAUUCAAGCAAAUACCAUAGCCUUUCACAGUGGUGAGCCAGCUUCCAAACAACUAGUUCCUACAACUCUCAUCACUAUAUGAGCAGUCAAAUGUAAGCUUAAUAUUUCUAUUCCUGGUAGUAGUUUGUAAUCCAUAAUUUUUACUUCUUUUUUUUUUCUUUUUUUUUUUUUGGUAGUAUCUUCCAGAAGACUGCAAUAGAAAAAGUAUUGCUUUCAUCUCCAGUUACAAUCUUUCAUUGGUCAAGAAUUAGAGAAGGGAUGGUACAAGCAGAGUGUUAACUUUGCAUGGUUCACUGGGUUUACCAUCUUAACUAGCCACUACUGUAUGAAGUUAUUUAGCUUACCCUCAGAAUGGAGACUUUUGCAGGCUGUUGUGAUCCUGAGUGCCCAGCACUGCCAGGUUUCAGGGCUCUUGCUGUUCUCCUGCUGCACACGUGGAGCUACUGGCAAAGCAAGACCUUCUUGGCAGAAAGCUGUGCAACACAGGAUCAGGGAGAACAGGCUUGUGACUGUUCCCUUUCCUUUAACAGGUCUAACAGGCUUCCUACCUCUCCAAGAAACUUAGUCUUAGACACCUACCCAUUGUGCAGCUAAACCAGGAGCGUGGCCUCUUGUGGUUGGUUCUGUUUGGUGUUUUCCACGAGGCCUUUGGGCAGUUACACGGAGUGGUUUCCACAGAGCUGCUUUUCUGGCUGUCCUCGUGUGAGUGCAGAGCAGCACUGGCUAACAAGGUCUUUCGGAGUACAUUGGUAAUGCUGUUACUUGUGAGGUAAUACAGGAAGCUAUGAACUUUAAAAAAAACACCUUAAAAUUUAAAAAAUCCCCGUCAUUCUAGACUGUGAGAACCACUAGAUUAAAGUACAAGCUCAGCAUAAUCUCUGUGGUUCUACCUUUCCCCUUCAGAGAGCAGAUGGAAACACCCAGCUAUGACAAGGCAGAGUAGCACUAACUCCUAUGGAGCCUUCUGUUAAUGGUUUGUUCCCCAGCAUCAUAUGCAAAUUCCAAGUGCAUCUUGACAGCAUCAUUAAUGCACAAAGGGUUAUAAGGUUGUUUACAACGCUACUUUAAAAACUACUACUGCCCCACAGGUUUCAGUUUCAAGAGCUGCACAUUCAGCUUGAAGAUGAGCUCAUUUGUUAAGUUCUUAUCUACUGGGAAAAAGUAUUUGAAUCUUCGCUGUGGCACAUUACUUGCACUGGUGUCACAGCCAGGCCAGAUGAGAAGCAUUACUUCUUGGUAGAAUAGGGUAAUAAAAAUAAUUAGAAAUAUUUUAUAAUGUACCAAACUGACAUGUCCCAGAAGCUGACCAGUUAAAAGCCAACACAACCCAGCAGCCCAGUGAUGUGGAAGGCACACAGCGCUGCCUAUGCGGUCCAGCUUUGCUUUAUAUGCAGGAGACAGGCUCUCAGUAACAAAAGCUGAGGUUCUUAUCUAAUCACUGCAGUUAAUGUUUAAGCAUAGUUGGAAGGGAGGCAAUUUUCACAUGCUGAACAGAGGUUGAGCACUCUAUCCUGGAGCCUUCUUUCAGAAAGAAGAUGCAUGCCUGUGAUUUUGGACAAGGAAAUGGAAGUGAAGCCUCCCCCAGCCAGGUGAAUGCUCCAAUGGCAGCACUGUUACAGGUGCCCCUUCCCCAACAGGCAUUUUCCUGGCUCUCAGCUGCCUGCAGGUGUGUGUGAGGGGCCCAAACAGCCAUGCUCAGCCAACUGGCUCCUGAAAUAAUUUUCAAGCACCACUCUUAAGCAACUGUGUUGAGAACUAGAACUACACCAACAGGCAAUGCUGGGAUAUCACACUCUUUUGAGAAUAGCUCUAGACAGGCCAAGAGACCCUUUGUCCUAAGAGUACUUCACCUUGAAAUAGGAAUUCAGUUUCAGAUGGGCAGGGCUCCCAAAAAUCUUUUGAAUCACUUUUUCUAAUGCUGCUGUUGUAAAUCAACCUUCACACAGCUGUCUGCACAGCUUCUGUGAAUGCAUUCGUAUCAAGCUGUUGUCAAGCAGGGCCCGACUGGCUUGACAGUGAGUGACAAACAGCACACCCAUGCAUAACCAGAGUUCAGCAUACUUACAAUCCUGCACUUCCUUGCUACUGCUGUAUCCAUGAUUAUCACUGCUUAUAGUUUUCACUUGUAAGUCUAGUUUUGCUAACCUGAAGUGAGGCUCAGCACAACUACAGUUUAAUGCCUUUCUAAUGCUAGCAAUUAAACUGACUUUGUAUUUGCUUGAUCCCUGCAGCACAGUCCUGUAUUGUAUCUCAAUCCUAAAGGAUUACAUGUAAAUUCCCUCAUUUUAAAUUGCUGCAGCAUGAAUUUCAUCUACACAAGUUUUGUUCCAAACAUGAGACAGCCCAUGGGUCAUGGUACCCUCCAAAUACAAAUCUCCUCUGUACCCGCAGUAGUAGGGAAGUGACUCUGUAUUUCAUUAAAUGAACCAGGUAUUUCCUCAAAGAUUACAAUCCACCUUGGGCCACAAAGGCCAGCUGUGCUACCAACAUUUGAACUAAAGCAGCCAAAGUUGUAACAAGUGCUCUUACCUUAAAUGAUCAUGUUCAGAGCAGGGAGAACAGGUAGCACACUUACUCUGCACUUUCCACAAGAGGCAAAGGUCUGUGUCAAAUGAAAUAUAUGUAUUCUGGACUAGAGAGUAAAGCCAAGGCAUCCAAAGUGACAGCAUCCAUAUUUUUCUAAAGACUUUUGAUUUGAAAUUUAGAUUCUGCUGGUGGAAGUUUAUGGAGACUUUUAUACCCUUUCCACCUUGAUGCUACUCUCAUUGGCCUUUUCAGUUUCUGUACCUUUCCUUGAAGAGAAUGUAGCACAGCCAAAGUUGUCACCCUCCAUCUUCUUACAUUAUAAGCUUAAUUCUACUGAAUUUAUUCCUAUUCUCACAGAGGAAGAACAUAGCAGCCUACUAACAUACUUAUUUCAGAGACCCUACUAUUUUCAGCUGUCCCAGUCUGGGGUUGGUGGGGGUGGGAAUCACAAUGCUCCAGCCAGCUUAGAAACAAGGCUAGCACAGUGAAAUCCCGUUCAGACAGGAAGCAGCACCCAGCCACGCUGGCUUGGGGACAAAUACAGGCAGUUCCUGAACCUGCACAACAGGAACCACAGCACAGUUCAAAGCAAGAGGAGCUAUUUGUCAUGCUGCCCGUGAACACAUCAGUGGCCGUGCAGCUCCACCCACCAGCCUCCAGCAAAGCACAUCACUCAUCUGGGUAUUCUCAGCCUCCUCUGUAGUGUGUACAGGAGGAAGCUUUGGAAGCACCAGCAGCCACCACUGUGCACCCAGGCAGGGAGUAAAGACGCCACUCCUGACCCCUUAUGAAAGCAAGCUCACACACGUGCUCUGGCUGGUAAGUUCAUCGUGUUUUUCCAUCUUAUCAGAACACAGCUUUGUUACAAACUCACAUUUGAAUGAAGCUUUCUAAUAGGAUAUAACAACUUAUGUUCACCAUGUAGGGCAGAGAGGCUUUAACUUUUUUCUGUUUUCUCCCUUUUAUCAGUUUACAGUGUCAUUUGCUCAAAUUACAUUCCUUUCCUCCCUCUGCUACUUGGCCCCUGGGAAAAAUUAACAAACAUUAAAAUUAAACACAAACAAUAAAAUUAACACAACAGUGGAGGACUGACUUCUCAAAAAGCAAGACACAUCAGUAUUUACUAAUGACCCCAGAUAUUCCUUCAAUACAUCAGCUGUCUCAGUUGUCCAUUUGGAAUGUGCCUCUUGCAUUACAGGCUCUUUCCUGGAAAGGUUCUAACAAUGCUGGAAU